AUGACGCUCUUAUCCUCUCACCUCUUUCCAUUCUCCGCCGUGCACCGCCGUUCACCGGCGACACCCACCACCACAAAUUUCUUUCCUUGGAACAAACCCAGAAAGCCAAACGACACUGUCAAGUUUUUGUAUUCUCCUCUAGUACAGAGACGUGUCCGUUUGGAUGAAAGAUUUGUGACAAGGUCUAUUGUCCCCGUAAAUGCUCAAGAUCUAAUCCACAAUGUCGGAGCGACCGUCGGUGUUCUUGGCGGCGCUUAUGGUCUGGUUUUUUCCUUUGAUGAUCUCACUAGAAGAAACAUCCUUGACCAGGGUCUGAGUAGAAAACUGGUCCAUAUAUUGUCUGGCUUGCUUUUUCUUGUUUCUUGGCCAAUUUUCAGUAACUCCUCUGAAGCUCGUUACUUUGCUGCUUUUGUUCCUCUGGUGAAUUUCUUGAGGCUUUUGGUGAAUGGUCUUUCCUUGGUUUCUGAUCAAGGACUCGUCAAAUCCGUGACUAGAAAAGGAGAUCCAAAAGAAUUGCUAAAAGGUCCUCUUUAUUAUGUUGGGAUAUUGAUGUUAUGUGCUGUUGUUUUCUGGCGUGAAUCUCCGGUUGGGGUGGUUUCCUUGGCAAUGAUGUGUGGAGGGGAUGGUGUAGCUGAUAUCAUUGGCAGAAGAUAUGGGUCCAUCAAGAUUCCUUAUAACCAAAAAAAGAGUUGGGCUGGUAGCAUUGCAAUGUUUAUAUUUGGAUUCUUGGUUUCAAUUGGGAUGCUCUAUUACUAUUCAGCUCUAGGACAUGUGGAGUUUAUCUGGGAGAGCAUUUUGCCAAGAGUGGCUUUUGUUUCUAUUGUGGCAACAGUGGUGGAGUCCCUACCCAUUACUGAAGUGAUAGAUGACAACAUUUCUGUUCCACUAGUUACCAUGGCAAUUACUUUUUUCAUCUUCAAUCAUUAA